AAGCAAUUGAGCACUCAAGUGUUGUCAACUUUGCUAAUGACAUCAUUCUGUAUGCUGUGGGAAAGGAUAUACAAUCAAUUCAAACCAAGUUAUUCAAGGAUAUGGACAGUUUAGCAGACUGGCUUAUGGAUAACGAGUUGAUUAUUAAUCUAAAGAGAGCAUGGAAAACAGAAUCUCGUUUAUUUGGAACUGCGCAAAGGAUUGCAAAACAUAGUGAACCUCUUAAAGUAUCGAUAUCACCUCCAUCGCCCACUGUUAUUUCAACAACAGAUUAUAUACAAAUAUCUGGGA